CUUUGUUCGUUAGCUCCCGCCUCUACCUUCGAAGCUCUUUUUUUCUCUCUUCUUUUGGAGAGAUCGUUCUCUGAUUCUCCUGGAGAUCAGAGACAGUGAUGGCGAUUCUGUAUGCGGUGGUGGCUCGGGGGACGGUGGUGCUGGCGGAGUUUAGCGCCGUGACGGGGAACCCAGGGGCGGUGGCGAGGCGGAUCCUCGAGAAGAUUCCGUCUCAGGCCGAUUCCAGGCUCUGCUUCUCUCAGGAAACCUACAUCUUCCACAUACUUCGAUCCGAUGGCCUCACCUUCCUCUGCAUGGCCAACAACACCUUCGGCAGGAGGAUCCCUUUUUCUUACUUGGAGGAUAUUCACAUGAGAUUCAUGAAAAACUAUGGCAGAGUGGCCAACUAUGCACCUGCUUAUGCAAUGAAUGAUGAGUUCUCAAGAGUCUUGCAUCGGCAAAUGGAAUUUUUCUCUAGUAAUCCUAGUGCAGAUACUCUUAACCGUGUAAGAGGUGAAGUUAGUGAGAUUCGUACUAUCAUGGUGGAAAACAUAGAGAAGAUACUGGAGAGAGGUGACCGGAUUGAACUUCUUGUUGACAAAACUUCAACAAUACAAGAUGGUGCAUUUCACUUCAAGAAACAGUCCAAGCGCCUCCGUCAAGCUAUUUGUAUGAAAAAUGCUAAGCUCGUGGCACUAUUGACAUUCUUGAUUGUUGUAUUGCUGUACAUAAUAAUUGCUGCUUGCUGUGGAGGCAUCACUCUACCUUCUUGCAGAUCUUGAUUUCCAUUCUUGCUGUGUCUAAAUUCAGCUGAGCUUCCUUGGAGAAGAUCCUGACCAUGGGCAACCUAUUGGAAAUUCUGGAUCAUCAUGAUUGACCAGCACUGCAUGUGUAGAAAAAGUGGUGAUACCGUGAAUCAUGAGCUACUUUAUUGUGAGAUUGCCAGGCCUUGUGGGAUGAUUUCUUCAGCAGAGUUGUGUUAGCAUGGGUUCCUGGGAGAGUGGCUGAUCUUCUUGGUAGAUGAGUCUUUAUGGCAUCCUACAAAUUGCCACAAUAUGGAAGAUGGUUCCCAUAUGCCUUCUGUGGUGCAUUUGAAGUGGAAGAAAUUAUCAGAACUUUGAAAAUAAGGAACGUUAUUAGAAGUCUCUUUUUCAAUACAUUAUUUCUCUUGGCAAUAUCUAUAGAUUUUAAUGAGCUCAGUUUUGAUGAUUUCCUGGUAUCAAUUUCUUCUUCCUAGCUAGCAGUCUUCUCUGCUUCAUUUCCCUUGUACUUGGGUUAAAGCCUAUUCCUCUAUUGAUAUUAAUAAAUUUUGUACUUAUUAAAAAUCA